UUGGAGGCAGAGGCAGAGGCAGAGGCAGAGGCAGAGGCAGAGGCAGAGGCAGAGGCAGAGGCAGAGGCAGAGGCAGUGGCAGAGGCAGAGGCAGAGGCAGAGGCAGAGGCAGAGGCAGAGGCAGAGGCAGAGGCAGAGGCAGAGGCAGAGGCAUAAGCAUACUUGCAAUUUUGUUUAGGAAAACAAAGGAUGAAUUAAUUAACUCAAACUUUUUCCUUUAUUCUUAUUUUGUUUUGUGCCAGCCUAGGUCUGCUUCUGCCCUUGAGGUAUCCAGGUACCAUUGUGCACUGAGCAGGACUGAAAAGAACAAAGUUUAUUCUGUACUUUAAGAAUUCCAUUCUGGGCCCCCACCAGCUCACUGCUCCCAAACCCCAUGGGAGCGAGAGCUCACCGCCUGGACAGGUGGGCAUUCCUGAGACUGCAGAGCGGAAGAGACCACCAACAGUGCGCACACCUGCCCAUAUCCCUGGCACAAGAGAAAACUGUAUACGGCCUCUGGGUUCCUGGAAAUAAGCGCACAGGAGCAGCAGGUCCCCUGCCUCUGAGACACCACCAGAACCUGAAGGGACCGACCAGAUAAACAGUUCUCCGCACCCAAAUCUCAUGGGAGGGAGAGCUAAAUCUUCAGAAAGGCAGACACGCGUGGGAAACCUGAGGAGACUACACUCUGCUCACAUUACAGAUUCCAGAGGAAAAAACAAACGCCAUCUGGAACCCUGGUGCAUGGAAGCUCCCGGAAAGGGCUGUGCAGAUAAUCCUGGUUGCUGUCCCCCCGGAGAGCUCAUAAGCAACACCCCAUGAGCAAACUUGAGCCUCAGGACCACAGGAACUAAACCUUCUUCCCUGAGACAUCAUGGCCCUGGCCCCAGAAUUGAGCAGACAGACAAAACUGAAAGAGGUCGCAGGGAUCCCACUGCGGGAUUCAACUGUCGACAACUGGAGUCAGAUUCAGACCUUCAAGGCGAAGCCAGAUGACCUCCUCAUCUGUACUUACCCUAAAUCAGGGACAACAUGGAUUCAAGAAAUUGUCAACAUGAUUGAGCAGAAUGGGGAUGUAGAGAAGUGCCAGAGAACCAUCAUUCAACACCGACACCCUUUUAUUGAGUGGGCUCGGCCACCCCAGCCUUCAGGUGUGGACAAAGCCAAUGCGAUGCCAGCUCCAAGGAUACUAAGGACCCAUCUUCCCACUCAGCUGCUGCCACCGUCUUUCUGGACAAACAACUGUAAGAGUUCAUGGAGUAGUCUCUCCCCAGAUAAGGGAUCUUGGAGUACACUUAGAAAAAUAUAUUUGGUGUUGAAGUGCGUAUGGAGUAACCCAACUUCUGAAGCCAGCUUCUCAGUGAAUUCAAACAACAGAAGGAAAUUUACCAAUAUAUACCUUUAUGUGGCUCGAAACGCCAAAGACUGCAUGGUUUCCUACUACCACUUCUACAGGAUGAGCCAGGUGCUCCCCAAUCCAGGCACCUGGAAUGAGUAUUUUGAAACCUUCAUCAAUGGAAAAGUAAGUUGUGGAUCUUGGUUUGACCAUGUGAAAGGAUGGUGGGAAAUUCGAGACAGAUACCAGAUUCUCUUCCUCUUCUAUGAAGACAUGAAGAGGGACCCAAAGCGUGAAAUCCAGAAGGUAAUGCAGUUCAUGGGCAAGAAUUUGGAUGAAGAGGUCGUGGAUAAAAUAGUCCUGGAGACAUCGUUUGAGAAAAUGAAAGACAAUCCUUUGACAAAUUUUUCUACAAUCCCCAAGACUAUCAUGGACCAGUCCAUUUCCCCUUUCAUGAGAAAAGGAAUUGUGGGUGAUUGGAAAAACCACUUUACUGUGGCCCAGAAUGAGAGGUUUGAUGAAAUCUAUGAGCAAAAGAUGGACGGAACCUCUCUAAACUUCUGCAUGGAACUCUGAUCAAGAUGAGAAGAUAGACAUCAAGGACAGGAGUCUGUCUGCAAGCCUCAAUCCAGCCAAAGGAAGAUCAGAAAGCAAACUGUAAAUGCCAAGGACUGUGACACCGACUCUGUUAUUACUGACAUCACUUUACAAUUCACAAAAUCAUAUUAUGUCCAGUGUAUACUUUCUCCACUAUUCAGUACAAAUCAGUAAGAUGGCUUAAUAAGCUAAUAAAUAAACAAACUUGAAUAGUAUAAAUUUUAUGAUGACAUCUUUCUAGGAGGUAUAGCCUAUAUUCUAACUCUAAAUAACUAUCUUAUGCACAAAAACACAAAUAUUAGAAAUCAUCUAAAUGAAUGUACAGAAAUUCCUAAUGUCUUUCUGCUCAAUCGGUAUUUUUCAUGGUUACAGUGGGAAGACUCAGUUUGUGGACAACUUGUUGCAACAUGCUCACUGGAACAUUUUCUACCUGGUAGGAGGAAAUUGAGGGAAGGACUUCAAGGAGAUGUCAGAAAUCCAAAUCUUAAUAAACGGAAUCCUAGUUCUGGAUCAUAAAAGAAACAGAAGAAAGGCAUGAGGGUGACCUUUGGAAAGCACAAAUUGUGUCUUGAAAAAAGCAGAAUGGAAGCUUGGUGUUCAACUUGCAGCCAGUUGAGUUUUGAUCUCCUGUCAUCUCUUCUGAGGAACAGCUUGUACUUUUGCCCACUUUAGCAGAGUCCAUCUGCAUUUGCUUGCCAGCAUACUUCCUUCCACCUCCCACUCGCUCCAUGUCUUGGGCAUCCUUUUACUCCCAGUAACCAGGCAAUAUGGAGAACACAGCAUGUUGCAUGACUGAAUGAUGGCUCAGAAGACAGAAAGGCACACAUGUUUAGGUCACAAAUUCUCAGCACUUACCCUUUUACUUUAGUUGCAGACAUCAGCACUGCUAAGCUGAGAUCAGCAGGAGCAGCCUGUGGUGUGAGCAGGAGCCUGGGGUAUUUAGCAUGAGCUAGAAUGCCAUUUGCUUUCUAGCACUCAAACCUGCAAUGGCCAUGUGAUGAGGACGUGGGCACAGCAUGUGUUACUGCCAGCAAGAGCUAUGAGAAGGUGCAGUAGAAGUUAGUGGGUGGAAGCUACGAAACUGGAACAUGGCCUAGAAGAGAAUGAGUGCUCCUGGCCCUUGGUCUUCCUUUCCCUUGUUUCUUGGCCAUGAAAAAUUCAAUAAAAUGAGGUGGUUAGUUUUGCUUUGCCAUUUACCCUCACCAUGAUAUUCUGUCCAUCUCACCACAGAACGUAAAUUCCAAACCCAAGAGCUAAAAUAAAGCUUCUGUCUUUAUAAGUUGCUUUCCCCAGAUAUUGUUAUACUGAAAGAAAGCUCACUAAUACAUUCCCAAUGAUGUGGUUAUAAAGUACUAGAAAAGUCUGAAAUUUUGUUGAACUUAUAGACAAUCGCUUGGUUACUGCCGAAAUCUAACCAUAUGUGUAUAGUUAAUUAACAAUGUCUAUUAUAUUAAAAAAUUAUAUCCUAAUUGUAUUGUAAAUUUUUAUUGUUUGCUUCUAAGUCUUGAAAUUAUUCAAAGUUUCUCUAGGUAGAGAGUCCCCUCUUACAAUCCAAACUAAACUGAAGUCCCUACAUCUGCCUCCUUUCAGGGUUAAGUUCAUAAGAGCCCAGAGUCACUCUAGCCUAUAAAAGGAAUGACUCUGGUCUCCAACCAUCUACUGGUUAACUGUAGAUUUAAGGUAAACUUUGGAAACAUAAUAGUGUCGAACUUAAGCCUCUUUUGGCUUUAUUUUUCUGGGAGUUUCCUUUGUAUUCAGAAAUUAAAAUAGCAGAACUUGAAAGAGAUAAAUGGUAAAACAUACUAUGUUGGCUUUGUACACGAUUGUAUUCAUAAUUUACCCAUUGGCAAUUUUUAACUAUUACUUUUAGAGAAAAGAAUUAAUCAAGUAAAUGAAACAUUACAUCAGAAGAGUAGUUAAGUAACUGUUAGAACGUUUAUAAACAUUUUAGUUUUACUAGCAUUGACUUAUGAUUAUUUUACUAGCACGUCUCUAUAUACACAAAAUUCAAUAAAAGAGUUUCAGUUACUCCA